AUGAUCAAAUUGACCUCGAUCACUGCCAGACGUGAUAACUCUUCACCCUUGGGGUUCACGGGCGGUUUUCUAAGGGACUUGAAUCGAGACGCAAAGAUGCUGCAGAAACUUGCUUCAUCCAUAAAAUUCAUCGUUCCAGUUAGCCCUGAUACUGCAUACUACUCAGAUGGAGUCAUCUCGGCGCUGGCGAAGAGUUUUACCCACCUCCUUCCGAAAGAAGUAAUUGACACUCUUCGUCAGGCUCUCACGAACGAAGUUGACUACCUUAACUGGGACAUCAUGACGCUGACGCCACCCGAAAGGCACAAUUUCUUAGCUUCCGGCCUCAUGAUCUCGGCUCAGUUAGCUUCAGUAAGAGGGGAAGCCGGUUUAUACUGGUGUAUUUUUCAGGGAUCGCGAGAAUCUUAUUCGGAUCAGGUUCCUAGAUCAAAUAAAGAACAUAUGACUAUUCAAAAAAAUUAA